CAACUUUCACAUGCGAUUUCUGUCUCUCUAUGGCUAUACGUCCGCCGGCCAUACGUCCGUAAGCCAAAGAGCACAGGCAUCAUUCACAACAACUUUUCACGUAUACUUCUAACCAUCCGCUACUAUUCAUGUACAUUGCAUCUUCUCGUUAGCAUCGAUCAAAAUAUGGCCUUCUCCUGGUUUCCCGGUGCCUGCACCACAACAUACACGCACGCAGAGGAAUCAAUCAAGCUACCGACCAAGAACGGCCCAGUGCGUGCUCUCUCUGAAAUCUGCAAAGAUGUGAUUCCACCAUGCAACCUCAACCCAUUCCUUUUCAACGGACAUCUUCAAACAGCAUGGACUGCAAUGAAGUACGAUGGCCCAGCGAUUCACUACAAGCGACGAGUGUUCGAGCAAGAGGAUGCAGGUUUCAAGGGCCAUUUCUCUGUCGACUUUGUGACCUCUGCGCCCGCCACUUCCGGGCAAGCCAAAGAUGGAGGGCCUGAGGACGCGGGUUUGAGGGAAGACCCUGUCGGUGUAGGACACAACUCGCUGCCACCUAGGACGACGUACUUCACGGACAAGGAGUUCGAGAGUCUGCCUAGCGAUGACACCAAGCCAUUGCUGAUCACCCUGCACGGUCUGAGUGGUGGGUCUUACGAGACGUAUCUGCGCCAUGUCCUUGAACCACUCGUCAAGGCUACGCCAGAAGGUGAGAAGGCUGGCGGCAUUUCAGGCGGCAACUGGGAAGCCUUAGUCGUGAACAGCCGCGGAUGUGCUGGUUCGAAGAUCACCACAAGCAUUUUGUACAACGCUCGCGCGACCUGGGACGUUCGCCAAACCGUCAAAUGGGCACGUAAAACUUGGCCAAACAGGCCGCUUUAUGGCAUCGGCUACUCGCUCGGCGCAAACAUACUUACAAACUAUCUCGGUGAGGAAGGAGAUAAAUGCCUCCUCAAUGCUGCUGUGGUAGUCUCCAAUCCAUGGAAGCUCGAAGUGAGCAAUGCUUUCCUCAAGAGCACCUAUAUCGGCCUCAACGUUUACUCGAAAACGAUGGGCAGCAACAUGCUACGUCUAUUCGAAGCCCACAAGGAUCAGGUUACCAAGAACACAUCGAUUAAGACUGAGGAUAUUCAUAAGUGCAAGUAUUUGCACGAUUUUGAUCGAGUCGUGCAGUGUGCUACGUGGGGCUACCCGACAGAGGGUGCAUAUUACCGGGACGCCAGCAGCUCUGAUAGUGUGCUAUCGGUGCGCAUUCCGUUGCUAUGCAUACACGCGGUGGACGAUCCGAUCGCUUGCGAUCAAGCCGUGCCGUACGCCGAGAUCCGUCAAAACCCAUACGCUGUGAUGUGCGCAACCAGCUCUGGCGGUCACCUGGCUUGGUUCGAGCUUGGAGGUGGGCGAUGGCAUAUGAAGCCUGCUGUCGGAUUCCUGGAGGCCAUGAGGAACGUCGAAUUCGAUAAGAUCGAAGUGCCAGUAUUUGGGAGGCAGGGGCCGCACGGAGGACACGAAACGCCAUUCGCCUUCGAUCCGAUGAGGAGAAAGUCACAUCGUCCUGAGCAGGAGCAAUGAGAAGGCACAAGAACCGACAGAUCCAAGUAGCGCUACAGGACGCCACAGAGACCAUAGACUUGUACAGUUGAAGCAUAGA